AUGGGCUUGAACGGGCAGCCUAUGCCCACUGCCACGAGAGCCUGGUUCUAUGCGCUGACGAACAUCCGAAUCCGGGAGAAAGCGGACGUGUCGAGUCGUGCGCUGGGUACUGUCAUUCGCAAGGGCGAAGUUUUCGAGAUUGACGCCGAACUGGCGGUGCAAGGCCAGAAGUACCUCAAGUUAGCCAAGCAGGCCGGCUGGGUCUUCACGCGGGGUCUGAGCGGGGAGUGGAAAGGGCGCGAGAUCGCAAAGCGAAGCCCCUGA